CCAAUUGCUCUAAUCUUUAUCCAAACAAAACGUUUCGCGGUAAAAAUAAAAAGUAGUAUUUCAAUUUGAUUAGAACUGAAAAUGUCUUUGACUAUUUCCUUAGAUGCUUGUGCAGUACAAUCUCCAGAAAAUUUAACGUGUCAUUUGAUGCCUUGUAAAAUCAACCAUAAUGGAAAAUGUAAUGUUGCGAAUUAUUUUACUCCGUACAUUCGUGUCAAAGAUGAGGUACUCAGUUGCUCCAUGAGAGGCCAUCCUUUAUUAGGACAAAAGAUAGAAGUCCCUGUUGGCUAUAAAGGUGUUGUCGUGAGUGAGAAUAAAAAAACUGCCAUGUCUGAGGAACAGCGAGAUUUUAAGCUUGUAGGAUCCUUCAAAGAGUUUACUUUUUGGAACUGGGAUAAAUGUCCAUCAGAUGAGGAUAAAAUUGUAAAAGCCUUACAAUGGAUGGAUGUUGCUUCUGCAAUUCAUAAGCCAGUCAGCGAGUAUGAGGACUUAGAAAAAGAAAGUUUCAAGACAGGCGUUAAGAGAAAACAGAGUGAUUCUUAGUAAAAGUGUGAUGUAUUAAAAUUUUCUUAAAAAGUACUACAAUUCUCAAUUUUUUUAUGGAUUUCUUUAUUUAAGUAUGUAUGUUUUACAUUUUGUAUGGUAAAAGAAUCAGGCAGUGAAAUUUGUCAAAAUGUUAAUUAGGUUUAUGUUAAGCAAGAUUUUCUUUCACAGUGGGAAAAACUUUAUAAAUAUUAAAAUAGUUUAUAAUUACAAUUGAGUUUAAAUAGUAGCAUUUAUUUUUAAGCUUUUA